AUGUCAAAUGAGGCGGUUGAUACUAAAACAGUUAUGCUACGAUGUCCAAUUUGUGAACGUUGGCAAAUGGUUAAUGAAAUGCGUCAACUUUUACCUUGUUUACACCUGUUUUGUUCUACCUGUCUCAAUAAGAAGAAAGCAGAUAAGAUAUGUCUAAUGCUUCAUUGUUUUUCCAAUAUUUGCACCGGAACUCUCACACUGAAUAAUUGUGAUAACGAUAUGUGUCCUAGGAAAUUAUCAUUUUAUGACUCAAAUCCUAUAGGAAAUUGCAAGCAUGAAUUGUGCAAUCCGUGUUUUGAAGAAUUAUCCAAAAUUCAACCAGCAGUAUGCCCAGUAUCAGACUGCAAUGAGCCAUUAGGUGACAAUGACACUACUGAAUUAUGUGAUGGUUGUAAAAAAAUUUUAUUAGAUGUCAAAUACAUUGUCACCAAAUGUUGCAAUGCACGAUACUGUCUUCAAUGUGCAGUUAAAAAAUCAUUUCUCAGUUUAAAUCCGGAAGAGAAUUAUGCAAAUGUGACAUGUCCAGAAGGUAAAUGUCUCGAAAAAGAUUCUCGAAAUAGCAAAAAUAAUCGUCCUUCCCUUCAAAUAGCUCAAUGUAUGGGCCAAGAUGGUUGUGAAGGCCAAGCACUUAAUGGCUUCCCAUCCAGCAAUGAGUGUGACCACGAGAUUUGCAUCGAUUGCUUGGAUAAAAUGCUUACUGAAUGUGAAAUUACCUCUUCACCGCCAGUAUGUCCUAAUGCAUUAUGUCAUCAACCAUAUGCGAUUGAUUCAGUUAUUGCGCUUAAGGCAUUUUUCCCACAGCGCACCAAAUAUUUCAAUCAUUUUGCGCUUGAAAAUCAAACUUAUUUUCUCAUUAAAGAUGAAUCAAUUUCUAAAUCCGAAAUAUCACCAGAUUUUACGGUUAGUUCACGUCGAAUGGAAGUGAAAUGUGAACUUCAAGGACCAGAUGAAAGUAAUCAAACGACGGUUAUUUUUGACCGAAAGGGUAAUGUAGCAGAUUUCAUACGUGAAAUACGUCGAGCAUUGAAAAUUUUACCACUUGAUAAAGUUUAUGGAUAUUACAUACGACGCGAUUAUAACAAAAACGAUGAGAAAUGCGAUGAUCGAGAAGAAUUAGUGAUGGAUGCAAAAUCGAUCGAUCGUUCAAUUAGUGAAUUAAAUUUAACAACUGAUAGUGUAGUGAUCGUUGAUACAAGCGGUAUUGUACAAAUGAAAACAUUGUAA